AUGGGACAAGUAGCUGCAAGUGUGGUGGACUAUGAUCGCAACUUUGCACUGGAAGAUGGGACAUGUACCCGUUCAGGGUUCGGCUUGGCUUUUUCUUCCUCCUCUUGUGGUCGGCACAAUGUUCUUCUUAUCACUCCAAAGACGGGAACAUGCACGCACAACGGCCUGUCUGAGAUCCAACCUUUUCUUUCAACACGUGCAUGUCCGCUACCAGAGAAGAAAAACUGGAAGGCAAAAAGCUCAACUGUUGAGAAUACGCAACAAGAAAAAAAAUUUGAGUUCGCGCAAAGGAAAAGCACGUUGAGAGAACGUCGGAGCAUAAAAUGGACAAGGAUGGAAGAGUUCCCCACAAGGAUCCUUCCUGCAGGCUGA